AUGUGGUUAAAUUUGUUUAUCUCAGGUGAAAAGAACAUGGCUCCUGAGAACUUGCCAAUGAGAAUUUUGUCCUUUUCUCAGACAGUUGUGGGGAUACUUGGCAACUGGUCAAUUCUUCUUCAUUAUGUCAUACCUGUAAUCACUGAAAAAAGAUUGAUACCUAAAGACCAGAUUUUAAAGCAUCUGGCUUUAGCCAAUUCCUUGGUUAUUAUCUCAAGGGUAACUCCUCACAUAAUGGUACAGCUGGGGUUGCAGUAUCUCCUGGAUGACCUCUUAUGUAAACUUACUCUCUACAGUAACCGAGUGUCCCGGGGUGUUUCCUUACACUGUACCUGCCUCUUGAGUUGUUUCCAAGCAAUCACAAUCAGCUCCAGACAAUCCAAGUGGAUGAAACUUGCACACUCAAUCUCCAAGUACAUGGUUAGGUUCUGCUCUCUGAGCUGGCUUGUGCAUCUGCUUCUAAACAUCAGGACAGCUAUACAAGUAAUUGGUUCUCAUAAUAACAAAAAUUUUACUAAGAAAAUCAAGUUGGGGUAUUGUUCAACAUUGGCUUUUAGCAACAUUGUAACUCUACUAAACCUUUUCUUUCUUUGUUUUGCUGAUGGUCUGUGUUUGAGCCUCAUGGUCUGGGCCAGUGUCUCCAUGGUGAGCAUUCUCUAUAGGCACAAGAGUCAACUUGAGUACAUUCACAGUGCUCAGCAGUCCCUAAGAGUCUCUCCUGAAGACAGAGCCACAAAAACAAUAUUGAUUCUUGUGUGCACCUUUGUCCUCUCUUACUCAAUGUCUGUCAUACUGGGUAUCUAUAACACAAUAUUUGACAAUCCAAGGCUCUGGAUAAUAAACAUAUUUACAUUCCUAGACACAUGCUUUCCCACAUUUUGCCCAUUCAUUCUCAUCACUAAUAAAUCUUUGCCCCAAAGCCAUUCUCUCUGCUGUAGGAAAAGGUAA